UUUUCUCCGACCCUUCGAACACAUAAUGAAGAAAAACAGUUCUUCCACAAUUCGAGAUAUGGUCGUACGAUGUGUCACACAAAUGGUUCAUUCGCAAGCCGCAAACAUCAAAUCUGGUUGGAAAAAUGUUUUCUCCGUUUUUCAUUUGGCUGCGUCCGAUCAUGAUGAAGGAAUCGUGGAACUCGCUUUUCAAACAACAGCCACGAUUUUUGAGAAAUAUUUCUCCGCGACCAUCGACUCUUUCCAAGAUGCCGUCAAGUGUCUCUCGGAAUUCGCAUGCAACGCAAGUUUCCCGGACACGAGUAUGGAAGCAAUAAGACUGAUACGAAAUUGCGCCAAAUUUCUUUCCGAAAAUCCUGUAAUAUUUAAAGACUACGGAGUAGAGAAUGCUGGGAUAUCAGAGCAGGACAGAAUCUGUGUGAAAGGCUGGUUUCCAGUCCUUUGAACUUUCGUGUAUCAUCAACCGAUGUAAACUAGAUGUCAGAACAAGAGGCCUAACCGUGAUGUUUGAAAUCAUGAAAACAUACGGGAACACGUUC